ACCCCCCCACCCCGGCCCCACGCCCCCAAGCACACAGCAGUUGACUAGGGCAGCCGGUCGCUUUGUUUGUCCAGAUAAGGCAUGGGAGCCUUCACCCAGCCUGUCCCACGGCCUCCCUCCCAGAUGCCUUCCACCCCCCUUCCAAGAAGGCCGCUCUCUUAGGCAACACUGGGCUGUCUUCACAGCAGCCCACGUUCCCCCGCCCUGGAUCCCUGAGUCGUCUCAAGUCCCCGGGAACUUGGGGCAGGACGGAGUCGGAGCGAAACCUCAGAAACGUGAGGCGCCGGCCCGCGGGAGGGCAGAGAACGCACAGGGGGCCUUCCUCCGUGGCAAGGGCAGGUACGCGCCCGCCCCCAGCCCCGCGGCUCUGCACCUGGCUCCGCAGGGGGGCGGGCUUCCGCACCAGGACCCUGACCUCAGCCAGACCCGGCCGUCAGACUCGCCGCGGAGACCCCCGCGCCACGGCGCCUGCAGGAAGCCCUCCGGUGUACUUCGCGCUUAUGGGAGAUGAAGCCUAAAAGCUGGUACGGAGCCUGCAAGCCGCCCAGCCCUGAGGCCACAGGUGGAAAGCUCAGAGACAUGGAUGCAGAUUUAAGCCCUGCAGACAGGAAGGUCCGCCAUCCAGGAGUAUUAGUGCCUCUGUGUACCCCGCCCUGCGGGCAGGAGCCUGGGGCUGAAGCCUGCUGCUAACAGUGGCAUGCCCAAACCCAACCCUGGAAGAGGAAUAAAUUACAAGUGGACAAGGCUGCAUCCGCUUGAGCCCAGGACUUCCUAGUGCGCUAAGAGUGGCCCCAGUCUAGCCAGGCACCAUGGAGAAAAUCAGCUCCUUCUUCAGCAUCAUUUGGGACACCAUCUUGACCAAACACCAACAGGGCCUCUUCAACACCAUCUGCCUGGGCAUCCUCCUGGGGCUGCCACUACUAGUGGUCAUGACAUUUAUCUUCAUCUGUUGCCACUGCUGCUGGAACCGGCCAGGCAAGAGUGGCCAAAAGCUGGAGCGCAACAAGGGGAAGAAGAAAAAGAAGAAGAAGAAGAAGGCUGAAGAAGACCUCUGGAUCUCUGCUCAGCCCAAGCUUCUCCAGAUGGAAAAGAGGCCAUCGCUGCCUGUCUAGUUAGGCAGGAAUCAGAGGCGUCCUUCCUCAGGGACUAAGCCACCUUCCAACUACACAUGGGCUAGAGAGCAGCAAUCCCUAAAGUGAUGCACUCAUGUUCACAGAGGAACUAGCCAAGGAACAAACCGCAGGCUGAGUGUCCCCAUGGAGGAUGUCCCAGCAAGAACACGGACAGCUCUUGGGUACUAUCUUGGCAGCUAUGUGUCCAAUAGCAAUGCUCUUUACCCCAGACUCAGGCAUCCCUUCCACCUGCCUCCAGCAAGCUCCAUAUGCAAACGCACAAGGAAUAUUUGUCCAUACAUCUUGACACGUCUUCCAGAUACACAUGCAUUCCCACCAUGCGCACAUAAGUGCUCACACACACACAUGUAUACACAAACGUGUGAGUUCAGGCAACAGGUACCUGGGCCAAUAUAUUCUGUUCAUCAAAUGGUCAUUGACUACCUACUUUGUAGAUUACCGGCUCUCCCAAAAAUUUCUCAUAGGAAGGCCUGGCCGGAUUUGGGCACACAUGCACAGUUACAUAACCAGAUGUCUACUCCAUACACAACUCAGGUUAGAGAUAUGUGCUUUCCCAUUCCUAUCCCCACACAACCUUUUACUGGAAAUCCUCAUAUUUGGACACUCCAGCAAUAUACAACUGUACCAGGCUGUAUAUUGAUACAGACACACCAAGUUCCUAUGUUUCUUACGUGGGAGAAAAAGUUAAAGUGAGAUGGAUCAAAAUUCAUUGAAAGCUGUAUCUUGCAACUCAUGACAAAGGUUCCCAUCUCCACUGAUAGGUAUCGAAUGCUGUCUAAGACCUCUCUUUGAGACGCUACUCCCAAAACUGCUCAGUAAAGUGCCCAUCUCCAAGCACAAACAAACAGCUCUUGGUGGUGGCUUCUCGAAUGUUCUGGAAACCAAGGAAACUCCAUUCACUUCUGUGAACUGCAGUUGUGGGCCUGUGCAAUGUUUUACAGAUGGGAAGGAGAUGUGACACCUGACACCUGACCUAGGGAUCUGCUGUGUAACCAAAGCUUCUCAGCAGGGAAGGAAUUGAGGCACAGUCUCGUGGAAGGCACACUGGAAACAAUUUCAUAGGGUUGUAGGAUGGUAUGUUGCAGGUGGGGUACACAAGUUACAGAGUCUGAUGAAAGUAUAAUGAAGCUAUAAAGAGGUUUAUUAAUAUUUAUCUUGAAGCUCAGGCAAGUGCCUUGCACAUAGUAGGUACUCAGAACUGUCUGUGGAUGCUGUUGGAUACGUGAUGAUGUUGAGGGUCCACGUGUAAUACCUCUCCAAUCCCCCGGAGUGACCUUCUGUUCUGAGCCUCCUAAUUGCUGCAAUGGAUGGAAGCUGGGUAUCGAGUGCCACCCAGGCCGUGUGCAGAACCGACCGUCAGAUUGGCCUGCACACCCCAAGAUCGAUGACGGCGGGUAUGCUAGGGCAACACUGAGUUGAGGCAAGUGUCUCCCAACUGGGCUGAGGUUGGGAGGCCGAGUUAAUCCACGUACGAGAGGAGCUGGUGGGUAUUUUGACUGUAUUGUGACCACGUGACAAAGAUGGAUAAUUCCCAAAUUGGGAGCGGGCUAUGCUCUGAAAGGUCAUUUGCAAAUCUGCUGGGUAACUCUCUGGAAAUAUUUUCCCACAGAAGUUGUUCUAGGUGGCAGUAAAAUUGCAAUUUAAUUAA